AUGCUGGUCUGGGGCAAGGUUGUGAACAUGCUGGUCUGGGGCAAGGUUGUGAACAUGCUGGUCUGGGGCAAGGUUGUGAACAUGCUGGUCUGGGGCAAGGUUGUGAACAUGCUGGUCUGGGGCAAGGUUGUGAACAUGCUGGUCUGGGGCAAGGUUGUGAACAUGCUGGUCUGGGGCAAGGUUGUGAACAUGCUGGUCUGGGGCAAGGUUGUGAACAUGCUGGUCUGGGCAGAGGAGAUAAAGGAGUAUCAGGAAAGGGAACAGUAGUUCAUGGAAGACAAAAAAAGGAAGAAAGAAGACAAAAGGAAAAGGGAAGCCUCUCAGAAGGUUGCAGAGCAAAAAAACAAAGUGCCAGAAUUGACCAAGCCCUCGUCCACCCAGUCUCCUGCCGCCCCCAGCUCUGCUUCCCCCAGCCCUGGACCCACCCCCUCGGCGUCCCCCUCCCCUGCCACCGCGGCUGCAGGCGUCGCCCCCCCCCAGGGUGGGAACAAUGCGAAGCGGCCGGCGGUGGCCAACGGACAGCCCCCCGCAGCAGGCACCCAGGCCUCCCAGCGCUACAUGCCCCGCGAAGUGCCCCCGCGAUUCCGCUGCCAGCAAGACCACAAAGUGCUACUGAAGAGGGGCCAGCCGCCGCUGUCCUCCAUGCUACUGGGGGGAGGCACCGGAGGAGGGGGAGACUGCCCCAAUGCAACCAUGGCUGCUGCCUCAGAUUCUAGUCCAGGCUAUGUGGGUCCAGCUGCACCCUCACUGCCCCUCACCUCAUCCUCCUCAUCAAUCGCUGCUUCUUCUACUACUUCCAAUUAUGCAAAUUCCACGUGGGGGGUUGGCUCUGGCAGCCUGCCCUCCUCUCAGGGCAGGGAGAAGGUCAUCGUGGACGGCUCAGACCUGGAGGAAUGGCCUAGCAUUGCCGUUGGCGACGGGAAUGGAGCAGGAGGAGGUGAAGCUUCGGGGACAGGAAGUGGUAGUGCUUCGUCGGGUGAGGGCGGUGGUGGAGUGCCGAACAGCAGUGCCUCGCGGAAAGGUGGCGAUCCUGGCAGUCCCCCAUCACCCACUUCCUCGUUCUCAAUGCCCAAUGAAUGUAUGCUGUCCGUCAGUGUGGUGUGGGGAUCUGCUGCCUCACAGGGUCCUCCAGGGGCAUCAGUGCCCUCCAUUCCCAAAGCCUCCCCUCUGCCAAUGGGCCCUGAUGGAUCCCUUGGUGGCAGUGGGGUGAUCCCUGGUGCCAACUUCAACCCAAAUGCCAACCCUUCCGCCUGGCCUGCUCUGGUGCAGCAGGAUGGGGCUGGGGUAGCUUCCUCUGAGGGUGGCCCCCCCCCUUCCCUUCUCCAGAGCCUGGCGGGGUCUCUGUCUGCCCCGGGCCUGGGGAACCCACCUCUAGCUGUGAAUCAAUCCGCUCAUCAGCACCAACUUCACCAAAUGCAAUCCAGAGACAGAGAGCACACGUCGGAUGGGGGUUGGGGUGGAGCGGCACUGGAGACCGGAGCAGGACCAAAAAACGAGGGGACAGGGGUGGGAGCCGAUACAGACUGUGGGGGAGGAGGCAAUGGUGGAGAGAACCUCGCUGCCUCCCAAACCUCAUCCUCCUCUUGGGGAGGCCAGCCUUUCCCUGCUGCUAACUCCAAAACGGGUGCCUCAAGGACUGAUGGUUGGGAAGGGGGAGCUGCUGAGGGUGGUGGAGGCUCUGGGUGGAAGUACAGCGCUCAGGGGGGUAAUGGAGGGAAAUCCUGGGGUGCUGGAAGUGGGGGUAGCACUCAAACCCCCGGGGUAUCUCAGGGAGGGGGUGCAGGAGGGUCUUCAGUUGGAGACUGGGGAGGUAAUUCAGGUGGGAUGGGUGGAGGUGGAAAUCCAGGAGGGGAGGCUGGUGGUGUCGGAGGCCGCAGCAGUAGCAGCAGCAGCAGUGGGGGCAGCAACCCCCCUGCUGCCUCUUCCUCUCCGACAACAUCCACCACUACGACAAGAGCUUGGGACAAUCAGAAGGGGGACGGAGUGGCAGGGGGGACACAGGGGAGUGGGGGGGGGGCAAGGGUGGUAGAGGAGGUAAUUCAUCCAGCGGUGGGGGAAACUCCAGAGGCAGCGGCAAUCAGCACCACGGGUACGGUCACCACCGGUAUUCCCACCCCCCACCGCCCAACCCUGACGUGGCCUUACAGGCAAUGCUCAGCCGCAGUGACCUGGACCCACGCGUCCUCUCCAACACGGGCUGGGGCCAGACCCAGAUCAGACAGAACGUGGCCUGGGACCUACUCAGAAGUCGGUACGUGGGGUAGCUGGGACGAGGGCGCCCGAGGAGAUCCUGGGGGCAGGAGGUACGGGUGGGGGGCGGAGGAGGGGUGGGGGGACAUAGGAUGCACCAAACCCCACCAGGGGCGUUGGGGUGGAGGUGGGAAGAUGCACCCGUCACCGAUGCCAAACAGCCAGACGGCUUCUGUGAAAGGCGUCAUGGCACCGCAGCAACAUUCGCAGCCCCAGCAGCCCCCACCGCAACAAGUGCUGGAACCGGGAGGAGGAGGAGGAGGAGGAGGGGGCUGGGUGAGACAACCGGGUGCCCAGCACCAGAACCAAAGCAGUUCGGGCUGGAUUGCCGGACCCAUCCCCAGUGGCCCUGGGGGAGGGGAAGGACCAGAGUCCAGCGGGUGGGAGGAACCUUCACCGCAAUUCAUUAGCCGGAAGAUGGACAUUGACGAUGGGACAUCGGCUUGGGGAGACCCCAGCCAGUUUAAUAAGAAGACUGUCAACCUGUGGGAGAAGAAUGGCUCUCCUGCUGGUCAUCAGCCGGAAAUGCAGGGCCAGGGAGCAGGACCACCGACCCAACAGCUGCAGGGGCUACCAGCUCUACAGCAGCCUGGACCUGGGAGGCAGCCCACUGGGAUGGGAGGCAGGGAUAUCAACCCUGGGCCUGGAAGGCAGCCAAUUGGGAUGGGAGGCAGGGACAUCAACCCUGGGCCUGGGAGGCAGCCCACUGGGAUGGGAGGCAGGGACAUCAAAUCUGGGAAAGCUCCAGGGAUGGCUCCAUCGUCCGGCUGGGACGGUGGCUCUCCCUCAGACCCCCCGGUGGACAACGGCACUGCAGCCUGGGGGAAACCUACUGAGACCCCCACCGGCUGGGAAGAACCUGGGAAGACCACCUCUGGCUGGGGAAACCCCUCACCCAACCCCAUCAAAUCUGCAGGUUCAAAGUCUAUGCAAGAAGGAAGCUGGGGUGAGGGCGACCAGGGCUCUGUGGCGGCCUCUCGUCACUCCAGCUGGGAGGAAGAGGAGGAGGGAGGUGGAGGGGUGUGGAGCAGCGCUGGGUCCCAGGGUAGCAGCUCUUCCUACAACAGUGGGGGCUGGGGCCAAGGUCACGGGGGCAAGAAGCCCAACAAGGCUCCACUGAAGAGUGGAGGAGGAGACUCCUGGAUGAACCCCAUGAAUAAACAGUUCUCCAACAUGGGGCUCCUGGGUGAUGAUCCUAGCGGGCGACCUCUGGACCUGGCCCCUGGUCCUUCUCAGGAUAAGAAAAUGGAGGGAGAGAAGCGAGGGAUGGGCCUGAAUGACUACAAUGGAGAGAUGCGUAAAGGAGGGCAGAGAGGAGUGGGAGGAGGAGGCAUGGUCUACCGUUCACCUGGUUCCAAAGAGAUUGGGCCUGGCGACCCUGGGCCUUGUUAUGACAAGCAGUCCUUGCCGUUCACCAAUCAGGAUGGGUGCCUUGGGGAGGAGUACUCUCCACCCACUGUCUACAAACCCUCCCCCCUCUACAGCCACACUAUCCCCCCUAGACAAGGUGGUCAUAACAUGUUUGGCGGCUGUGGUGGUGGAAUGCCCCAGUCCAGACACCAGCCCGGUGUGCCACCCAUCAACACGUCCGCUGGGAUACGAGCGCAAGUGCCUCAUCAGUACCUGUCGCCUCAGGUGCCAGGUUCCAUGCUGAAGCAGGUGGCACCUCCCAGUGCUGGCGUGGGUGGAGUCGGGGGUGUGAGUGGGGUGGCGGGUGUAGGAGGGGGUGUGUUCCCCCCUCAGCUGUCCCCCCAGCACAUCGCCAUGUUGAGCGGCAUCUACCCCCCCCAUAUUCAGUUCCAGCUGGCCUGCCAGCUCCUCCUCCAGCAGCAGCAGAACCCCCAGCAGCUCACCUCACCACAGCAGCUACAACAGCUCCUACAGAACCAGAGAAAGUUCCCCCAGAACCUACGCCAGCAGGCCGACCCCCAACAGCUGGCCAGGAUCGUGGCUGUUCUCCAGCAGCAGAGGCAACAACAGGGUGUCGGAGGGGGCUCCAAACUAUCACCCUCUGACCUGGGAGGAGGAGGCCCCAAACUGUCUAUGACUGACUCCCUGCCCCAUCCAGGCAUGGGUGGCUCUGUGGACCUGCACCAGAAAACACAGGGCUACUCUGGCUAUGGUGGAGGAGUGAACCUGUCUGGUCUGGACAUGGGGGGCUCGGUGUUGGGAGGCCCAGGGGGGAUGAAGGACAUGGGGGGGCAGCAGUCCCGCUUCAAAUGGAUGAUGGAGGGUCACUCUCCUGCCCCCUCCCCUCCUGAGAGCCUCAACAAAAACGGUCCUAUGUCCACCCCUAUGAGAAGGGGGGGCUCUCCAUACUCCCAGUAUGACAUGAUGGGAGGGGAGGGGCUAGGCAUGCCCCUCCAGAGGGACAACUGGCACCGUACUCCUGGGAACAAGAUGGGCUCCAAGCCCCAGGGCCCAUCCAGCUGGCCUCCUGAGUUCCAGCCUGGCGUGCCCUGGAAGGGGAUCCAGAGCAUCGACCCCGAGUCUGACCCCUACAUGACCCCAGGGAGCAUGAUGGGAAUCCCUGGACCAUCCAGCCUCAAUGACACCGAGCACCAGUUGCUAAGAGACAACACAGAUGCCAACCCCUCCCUGAACACCUUGCUGCCUUCACCUGGUGCCUGGCCCUACAGUGCCUCAGACAGCCCCCUCAACAACGCACACAACUCAGCAAAGUACACAGAGUACAAGACCAGCUGGCCCCCUGAGCCCAUUGGACACAACAAGAUGUGGAAGACCAAUCGCAACCAACAGUCCCAGCAGCUGCCACGCCCACCCCCGGGACUCACCAAUCAGAAGCAGGCCUCACCGUCCCGUGGCCCGUGGCAGGCCCGUGGCUGGGGCAGCUCGAGCGGGAGCCAGGAAACCAGAUAUGGCCCUGGCUCUGCUUGGAGUGAUGGGGGGACCUCCAGAGGAAGCUGCUGGCUGGUGCUCUGCAAUCUCACUCCACAGAUCGACGGCUCCACCCUCCGUACCAUCUGUAUGCAGCAUGGCCCCCUGCUGACCUUUCACCUUGGCCUGACCCAGGGCAGCGCUCUGAUUCGCUACAGCACCCCACAGGAAGCUGCGAAGGCCCAGAGCGCACUACACAUGUGUGUACUGGGCAAUACCACCAUCUUGGCCAAGUUUGUGAGCGAGGAAGAGGUUGCUCGCUAUUUUGCACAUUCCCAGGCGGGAGGGGCCAGCGGAGGCCAGGGGGGGCCCACAGGGACAGGUGCAGUGGGGGCCAAUAGCAGCGGAGGGAGUGGAGAGAGGGAACGAGACAGAACCAGAGGAGGAGGAGAGAGCUCUGCCCCUGGAGGAGGCGGCAGCUCAGGGCCCAUCAGCUCUGGCUGGCAGAGUUUGGACAGUACAGGAGGCUGCCUGGAUACUACCCCUGCCCAGGGGCCCGGCCUGAGCAUGUUUGCCCAGUGGAGCAGCAACGGUGCUGGGGUGGUUGGGGGUGUGGAGCCCAGCAGACAGGGUUUGUGGGGAGGGAUGGGGGGUGGUGGGUACCCCAGCAGUAGUAUGUGGGGGUCCCCUGCCAUAGAGGAUCCACACCAGAUGGGGAGUCCUGCUGCUCUGCUGCCUGGAGACCUGCUAGGAGGAGGGGCUGAUUCCAUCUGAAUGACCACACCUAAUACAUGAACCUACACGUGAAGACAGUAUAAAUGUAUUUAUACUGUGUGUGUGUGUGUGUGUGUGUGUGUGUGCGUACACACCGAAUAAACAUACACUUACACGUUCUCACACACAUACAUACUUAAACACACACAGAUGAAAUGACACUAGUCACAAACAUGCAGAGCCUCUGACGUUAACUCUCACACAUUGUGUCAUUAAUAGACCGUGACAUGCCAACACUACUCAACAUACAUACAUACUUUUCCCUUAAAUGAAGACUUCAACAGCAAGACUUGAACAGACCAAGGUGGAAUCCGUUACUCACUCAUCUGGAUGACGACUCUUCACCCAUUAACCAGAACUCACUGAGUAUCCUGAGAUCCUAUCAUUCAGGCCCUGUAGAGAAACCAACAACGUGACAACACAUGGAGCUGUUCCUAUGUGAUGUGUAACACCUUAUUACAACACCCCUCUACUACACAAACCUGCAGGGUGACUUGUUUUCACAGCACCGGGCCUACAGUCCCUACCUACCUGGCCCAACCUUUUCUGACUCUUUCUCACCAGUUACACACUGCUAUGUCACUGCUAUGAUGUCUAAUGUAUCUUGUUGUAUGUUGGUUAAAUUGUGGAAAAAUCCAAGAUGUCCUUUCUCUCUUUAUAGUUUUUAUUUCAAAAUGCUGACCUCGUUAUGUUUUCUUACUCAAUCAAGUUGGUUCUUAUAAUGCCAUGCUGAUGAUGACUGAUCACUUGUUACUAGCUGUACAAGGUGCCCUCCUGCCUGCCUGUGGAACUGUGCAUGAGAGGAGUGACGGGAUGAUGGGAGGAGUAUGUGGGUGCGUUUCACAGCUAAGACGAGGUGACGCAACAACCAAUGUUUGCCUGCCACGUCAUUGACUGACAAAUUGUUAUAACAUGAAGUGGUUAGCUGAUACUUUGCCUGGAUAGGUAUUUUGAGUAAGAACUGUCAGGCAUCAGCAACGUCUAAGCAUAGGAACCGCCCUGUGUGUGUUGUUGCCAUGGUGAAUUCCUUUUGGCGAUGAGAACAUGAUUAACAAGCACGUGAUUGUGUGCUGGUGAUGUGUGAUAGAGAAAGUGUGUGUCUGAAAUGCUUUUCCCUUUCAGGGAGACAAAUGUUUGUGUGACUGCUUACAUCAGGUGUGUGUGUGUGGCUCGAAGUUCAACAACAUAGGCACUAAUGCAUAUUUCUCUUAAGUUGUGGUUUUAGCAGCAAAUUUUUUUUGGUCUGAAUUGCAAUAAGCUUUUUUUUCCAUUUAAAAAAAAAAAGCAACCAACUGAAGGCAUCCAUGUUAAGAUGCCAAAACCUACCAAACCAAGCAGAGCUGGAGCAGUGUUUUGCAAACACGUUAAAGUUACUAAUUGUAAAAUGUUUUGUGUAUCAAUUUAAAUUAAGGCGGCUUUAUCACUCCUGUUCAGGUUAUUUUAGUUUCUUUUUGGAUUUUUACAAAGGAGGACAUUUUAAUUUAAGCAAACAAGAACAAGACAAUAAAGGUUGUAUUAAA